ACACUUUGAAGCUCGAGCACCAUGAGUAUUCUGGUUGUGUUGGCAGUGCUGGGCGUGUGCUCCGCCUCCCUCCAGCAGGCCUACAACCACGGCUACAACUACGUCCAGCCUCGGUACGUCGGACCCUUGGCAUCCACCGUCCCCGCCGGCGUCGACGGAACCAUCACUCCCGUGUCCGAUACCUACGAAGUGGCCGCCGCUCGUGGCGCUUUCUUCAGGGCCUACCAGGAUCAGCUGGCGACUGUGAACGCCCUCCGCUACGGCGCUCCCGCCACCCACCACGCCGUGCACCACGGUGCGCCUGCUGUGCACCAGAAUGUAGCAGCUGUGCACCACAAUGCGCCAGCUGUGCACCAUAAUGCACCAGCUGUUCAUCAUAAUGCACCAGCCGUGCACGACAGAGCGACAGCUGUGCACCAUAAUGUAGCUGUGCACCACAAUGCGCCAGUUGUGCACCAUAAUACACCAGCUAUCCGUCCUAAUGCACCAGCUGUUCAUCAUAAUGCACCAGUAGUGCACGACAGAGCGACAGCUGUGCGCCAUAAUGUAGCUGUGCACCACAAUGCGCCAGCUGUGCAUCAUAAUGCACCAGUAGUGCACGACAGAGCGACAGCUGUGCGCCAUAAUGUAGCUGUGCACCACAAUGCGCCAGCUAUCCCCGGCCAGGUCCGCAACACCCCCGAAGUGUCGGCCGCCAAGGCUGAGUUCUUCCGUCUGUACAACCAGCAGGCAGCAGCAGCAGCCGCGGCGCCAGACCAUCACGCUGUCUCCCCCUACUGAAUUGCCACCAAACUUUCGAGCAGAUACAGCUGGGAUCAAAAGUUCGCAUUCAAAAUCCAAUUAAAUAAAGAAAGCAAUUA